GGAAUUCUGGCUGAUCGCUCUUUAAUCUAUAACGUCAUGGAGAACUACGAUGACCCACACAAAACCCCUGCCUCCCCAGUUGUCCACAUCAGGGGCCACGAUGGCAUAGUGGAAGCUGACCUUGUGGCAGCCUUGCAGGAAUUUGGACCCAUCAGCUAUGUGGUAGUAAUGCCUAAAAAGAGACAAGCGUUGGUGGAAUUUGAAGACGUGUUGGGGGCUUGCAACGCCGUGAACUAUGCGGCCGACAACCAGAUCUACAUUGCUGGCCAUUCAGCUUUUGUCAAUUACUCUACCAGCCAGAAGAUCGCCUACCCUGGGGACUCGGAUGACUCCUGGAGCGUCAACAGUGUGGUUCUCUUUACCAUUCUGAACCCGAUCUAUUCCAUUACCAUGGAUGUUCUUUAUACUAUCUGCAAUCCUUGUGGUCCUGUCCAGAGAAUUGUUAUUUUCCAGAAGAAUGGAGUCCAGGCCAUGGUGGAAUUUGAUUCUGUGCAGAGUGCCCAGUGGGCAAAGGCCUCGCUCAAUGGGGCUGACAUUUAUUCAGGCUGCUGUACUCUGAAGAUUGAAUAUGCGAAGCCCACACACUUGAAUGUGUUCAAGAAUGAUCAGGAUACUUGGGACUACACAAACCCCAAUCUCAGUGGACAAGGUGAUCCUGGCAGCAACCCUAAUAAAUGCCAGAGACAGCCCCCUCUCCUGGGAGAUCAUCCCACAGAAUAUGGAGGGCCCCACGGUGAGUACCACAGCCAUUACCAUGAUGAGGGCUACGGCCCCCCCAUCUCACUAGAAGGGAGAAGGAUGGGCCUACCAGUGGGGGGUCACCGGUGGGGCCCAAGUCGCUACGGCCCCCAGUAUGGGCACCCCCCACCCCCUCCCCCACCACCCGAGUUUGGCCCCCACGCUGACAGCCCUGUGCUCGUGGUCUAUGGCUUGGAUCAAUCUAAGAUGAACUGUGAUCGGGUCUUCAAUGUCUUCUGCUUGUAUGGCAAUGUGGAGAAGGUGAAAUUCAUGAAAAGCAAGCCGGGGGCUGCCAUGGUGGAGAUGGCUGAUGGCUAUGCUGUGGACCGGGCCAUUACUCACCUCAACAACAACUUCAUGUUCGGGCAGAAGCUGAAUGUCUGUGUCUCCAAGCAACCAGCCAUCAUGCCCGGGCAGUCCUAUGGGCUAGAAGACGGGUCGUGCAGUUACAAAGACUUCAGCGAAUCCAGGAACAAUCGGUUUUCUACCCCAGAGCAGGCAGCCAAGAACCGCAUCCAGCACCCGAGCAACAUGCUGCACUUCUUCAACGCUCCUCUGGAGGUGACUGAGGAGAACUUCUUCGAGAUCUGCGACGAGCUGGGAGUGAAACAGCCAUCUUCUGUGAAAGUAUUCUCAGGCAAAAGUGAGUGCAGCUCCUCUGGGCUGCUGGAGUGGGAAUCCAAGAGUGAUGCCCUGGAGACUUUGGGCUUCCUGAAUCAUUACCAGAUGAAAAACCCAAAUGGUCCAUAUCCUUACACUAUGAAGUUGUGUUUCUCCACCGCUCAGCACGCCUCCUAAUAGGUGACCCAGAAGAGUCCCAUCUGAGCAGGAAAAUGUUUCUCUUUCCUUUAUGCUGUUUGUUUUGGUUUGGUUUUUUUUUUUUUUGCAAAAGUUCCUGUAUUCCUUUUUUUAAAUGCUAGGUUAGUGGGCUUAACCAUAACGGAAAUGCUGGAAGUCUGGAGGGGGAGGGGAAGGGGACCUGGUAUCUCCCAAGAUUAAUGUUCACUUUUUAAAAAAUUAUUGUAAGUGUGAUUUU